GGACUCCGGGCAGCAGUACACCGGGCUGGACUCCGGGCAGUGGCACAUCGGGCUGGACUCCGGGCAGUGGCACAUCGGGCUGGACUCCGGGCAGAGGCACACACCGGGCUGGACUCCGGGCAGUGGCAGUGGCACACCGGGCUGGACUCCGGGCAGUGGCACAUCGGGCUGGACUCCGGGCAGUGGCACAUCAGGCUGGACUCCGGGCAGUGGCACACACCGGGCUGGACUCCGGGCAGUGGCACACCGGGCUGGACAUCGGGGGACCGGGCACCCCACUCCGAGGCAGGAACAUCGGGCUACCGGGCGAAGCACAGCGGGCAGGCAGCGGGCCAUCGGGCGGGGCGGGCAGGAGCACCGGGCACAAGCCCGGCGGGCGGGGCGACGGGCCUCGGGCCCCGGGGGGGGGCGACGGGCCCCCGGGCG